UUCCUUGAAUGAAAUUGCAUUCAGUUUCUGAUGAAGGCCAGCCUCCUGUGUAUGUUCCAGGAGUUUCUACCGAGCGGAAUUUUAGAGCAAGGCACCGGCUGAGAGGUCAGAAAGCAGAACAGAAGACAAAGGAACCUACAGCUGCUACUCCUGCCCCAAUGGAUGCCUUGAAAAAUACAGAUUUGCCUGGACAGCAGGUCCCUGACAAAGGAGGAAUGAAAAGUGCUUCUCUAAAGGAUUUAUGUCCUGAAGACAAGAGGCGCAUAGCAAACUUAAUUAAGGAGCUUGCAAGGGUGAGCGAGGAAAAAGAGGUGACAGAAGAACGGCUGAAAGCCGAGCAGGAGUCGUUUGAGAAGAAGAUCAGACAACUCGAGGAACAGAACGAACUCAUUAUCAAAGAAAGGGAAGCCCUGCAGCAGCAGUACAGAGAGUGCCAGGAACUUUUGAGCCUUUAUCAGAAGUACCUCUCAGAGCAGCAAGAAAAGCUAACCCAUUCCCUUUCGGAGCUUGAAGUUGCCAAGCAGAAAGAACAACAGAUGUCCAAGGAGAGGAGUUUUCAUCAGCCACCACCACCUUUGGAACUGGACGGAUCCUACCGUAGUAUAGCUAGACCACAGCCAUUGCACAAGAGUAACAGAAUGGCUUGUGGAAGCCCGAGUCCCAAAUCCCUCGCUCAGUCUUGUAGGAAUGGUCAUGUGCUUGGGACUGCAACCCCAGGAGGUCGGCAGGAAGAUACGAAUGGAUUCCUACUGGAAAAUGGCUUGCGCAGCAGAUGCAAUAACGGGUCGUCCCCAGCCAAGCAGAAGUUGCCUCCCCCUAGUAAAAGAACGCCAAAUGUGGACCAAAGGAAAAGCACUUGUCCUCUUCAGACUUGUUUUUUCCACAAGAAAUUCGGCAGCCCAGAUCCCGAUUCCUUCCAAGAUGGCUGCUGCAUUCCGAAAGGAUACUCUGGACCACACGGCGGCCCCUCUGCAGGCCUCUCUUGCUCACCGCGGCCCUUGGGGCUGAACAGCAGCACGGACGCGAGAGCUCAAGAAACAGGGAGUGGUAAGAGGCUAUCGGAAGAAAGGCGGAAACAGCUCCUGCUCCAGAAAAUGGAGCUGGAAAUCAAAAAGGAACGCCUUCAGAAUCUGUUAGCCAAGCAAGAGGCGAAAUUGCUGCUCCAGCAGCAGCAGCUUCAACAAUCCAGGCUUGAUUACAAUCGCUUCAAAGGCCACCAUCCCAGUUCAGAGGAGCGGCUCAUGGAUGAAGCGCUGAUGAGAGCGGGUGGUCCGGCCCCAGCGAUGAACGGCACUGCUUGGCAGCUGAGCUCCUCCAAGCCCAGCUGUGAAGGUUGCCUUUCAAACACGCCUGUGUCUGGGAAAGGCUGCAGAGCCCCAGGAGGCCUUGGAGGGAGCAGUUCUGGGAAGAAGAGGGUCGGCUUCGGUGCCCAGGAGGCAGGAGAAGGCUUUUGGGAGCACACCGAGGAAGAGGAAGCCGCCUGGCCAAGAGGAGGGAUGGCUCCAGGCUCCCGGAAGGAUGCGGCUACAUCCCCCGGACUGACAGGCAGCAGAAAGGCGUGUGCUGCGACGGCCGCCUCCCCAAUCCAGCGUGACACCUCGCGAUACGAGCCCUCUCUGCUCGACCUGGUGGAAGCGGCGAGUCUGGGCCUCCAGCAGCACUGCAGUGGGAAUCGCGGCCGUGGCAAGGUGCUUGCGCCCCCGAGCGGGAGCCGGAGAAAGCCGGGUUGGAGUCAGAGUCCUUCUGGCACCCGAAAUGGAAUAGAUGACCUGGAAGAGAGAGAAAUUCUGGAGGAGAUAUUUUUCAUUUGACGAGCCCAGCGUGUGCAGCCUUCCUGGUGGAUCUGAGGACCUUCCCUGCCUCCUUCCCUUUCUAACAUGGGCAUGUGUACAUGUCAGAAUAUUGGUUUUAAAUUAUUUGAUUGACGGAUGAUUGUCUCCUGUCUCCCCACCAGAAAAUUAACACGGUCACUUUCCUAUACAAUUCCCGAAUCAUGUUGCAACAGCGUCUGUUUGAAUAAGCCGAGCAGAGUGUUGGCGGACCAUUUCUGGACUCUUUUCAUGCACUGUUACCAGGUAUAAUUUUUAAAGGAAAAAAUUCAUGCCGUUGUAAAAGGGGCUGAGAGCUGUAUUAUUGACUUUUACUUUUUAGCCGUGAAAAACAGUUUUCUAGAACCUUAUCUCUUGCUCACUCACGUGCAAAAGCACAUUCCAACUGCACCAUUUCCCAUUUUGAAUGCAGCCCACUAAACCCGAGAGUACUCCAUAUCCUGACAGCAUUUCUGGAUCCUUCUGUCAAAUUCUGCACUGUGCCAUGUCACUGUUUUUUAGGCAGAGAAUCUGCAACUCUUCCUGACAGUAAUAGAGACUUCCAAUUAAUGAGUGUCUUACAAAAUAUGCUUCGUUAAAAUAACGGGGCAUUGGGCGUAGAGGACUUUGUGGGAUGGCCAGUCCUUACUGCUUAGGUGUCCUCACAGAAGCCGGCCUCUUGGGCCCCCUAAGCUGCUGGACCGUCUCCGCCGUUGCCGUGCAGAAUCGCGGGAGCUGCAGGGCAGACCAGCUCCUCUGGCUCCGCCUUUCUCAGCAUCCCACCUGCUCCCCGGCCUUGCAAAUAAAGACAAAUCAGUCACUGUUUCCACUCGCAGUGCCCGUUCCUCGGUCUGGCUUUAUUUAUUCGUGCAGUGCCUAUUUCCGUUUGCUCUGAGCAGCACUCCCCCAUCAGCAGCAGGCACGGCUCUUUCAAGAAGCGAGCGGCAUUGGCGAAAACGGAUCGGCUCUCUGCACAGAGCAGGGGCCUGACUCCGAAAGCCUCCCCUUGCAUGGCGCGGGAGGGGCUGCCGGGAGAGGGAGCCACUCAGUGGGGAGCCCUCAGCCCAGGGGCACUGGGCUGCUCCCGAGACCAGCUUUCCUGCCUGCAGGGGGAGCAGCUAGCCGAGGUGGGCUAGGAAGCUCGUCUGUUGACGAGGCGGCACUCUGUCCGUCAUGCACGGGCUAGGCCAGGAGAGGGAGGUGUCCCGAUGCCCCGUGGCAGGGAUCCACGUGGCCUUCCUUGGGGUUCCCUGACGUGCCGGGGCUGAGCCCUGCCUCCUCUUCUGCACUCGAGCCACAGGUCAAAACAGGAAUCGCCGCACUCUUGAAGAUACCGCAACCUGUUCCAGUGUGGCCGUAGGUCUGGUGAAUCCUUGGAAGCUGGCUCAGUGUUGGCCCCGUCACAGCGGGACGGGCAGCCUGCGGCUCCCCAAACUUCUCGGCCUGCGUCUCCCGUCAUCUCACCUCAACGGCUCUGCUGGCCAGGGCUGAUGGGAGUCGUAGGCCGCUGGCCUGGGCGUCCAUGCGUUGCCUCCGUGGCGCAUGCAGAGUCUUGUGUUCGUCCCCUCUGCCCUGCCUGAAGCGCCUGCCUUGGACCGGUCGGCAGAAGCGCGGGGCUUCCGGCGGCUGCAACCCGCUCCAGGGGCUGCCACGUUCCUGCCGUUUGGGCUGCCAUGUUUGCAGAACGAAGGGAACCCAAGGAGGAAUUCCCUCUCAAUUCCAGAAUAACCCAAACAUUUGGCCUUUGGUUUUCACUCCUCCCCGUUUGCCUGCCUGCUUGUCUUUUUAGACACCAUCUUCCACUUUCAAAGUGCCUUCAGAUUCACAUUCCAGAGUGGUUUGUUUUUUUCUCUGUCUCCACUUCUUAGUCAGUGCCAAUAUUUAGCCUCUUUUCAUACUGAAUCUAGGAUUUUUGAUAAAGCUGUUGAUAAACAGGUUAGAUUAAUGCUGUUGAUUUUUGUGUCAAAUUGUACCUUGGUCAUCAGUGUCUUUUGAAAGGAGCGUCGUCAAAGUGUUCAGCUCCAGACUUUACCCGCAGUGCUUGAAAGUCAUCCAUAGAAAUGACCCAUCUUUGAGGCACUUUAAGAAAAAUGUGUAUUUGGCAAACGGGCCGAGAGGUUGCUUGCCAAGGCGGCCAAAGCACCCCCAGUCUAAUUUUGCCACAUUCACAAAGCCAGCAGAGGCACAGUCCUCCUGGUGUACAUGUGGCAGUAAAUGUGAGGGAAACAGGCAGUGUGCAUAUGAACAUCUGCCGUGGUACCCCUCUUACCCGCAUCAGUGUGCAGUGUUAUAGAUGGCCCAGUCAGUUUGCUUAGCCUCCAGGUAAUACCCAACCUCACAGGUUGAUGAGUGAACGUCGCCACGAGGGAACUCUGCAGAGGGGAUGCGCAGUGUAGGAAAGACGCUGCCCGGGCACAUGCCUUCCCUAACUCGCUUUGGAAACCCCGUGCCCAGACGAGUCCCAAGCCCCUGCCAUUGCUGUUUGGUCAGCUGGUUUUAUGUACGACCUCCGUUGAAGUCGCAUUAACCCCCGACAUGCAUAUCCUCCAGAAAGCAACCCGGUAACCUCCCCUCCCUGCUGUACUUCUCAGUCAGCUUGUGCAAAUAGUGCUUUGCAGCCGAUGCCAAUAGAAGGCAUUUUGUCACACCGCAUCAUAAAGCUGAUGUUAUUAAAAACAUUUAUGGCCUUGGGGCGGCGAAAGGGGGAAGAAAUCGAUGGCUGUCAAAUAGGAAAUGACCAGGAUGGGCAGAAAUUAUUUUUCCAUCUGCCGAAGUGGUAGAAGAGAAUCAGAACUUGAGCUAUCCAGAGAAGUCUCUUGGCACUGCCCGUUUACGUGCAAACUUGUGUUGCUGCCAGCCGGGGAGCAGGAGGGGACGGGGAAAGGGAAGGGCCCCGUGCUUGCUGCCGGGUGAGAUCAGAACGGCCCCGGAGCAGCGUUUCUCCUGCUCAGCUGCCCUUCGUGCCUCUGGUUUUGGUUGCCUGUUGGUGCCUCACUAUGGUGUUGUUUGGUCCUGUCACAUGCACUUUGUAAGCGAAGGAUCUGUAAAAUGUUUGCCCAGCACCCUCCCCUUCCUUGGGUUCUGUUCAGUAAAUGCUACCUUAAACUCGAUUUGACCUUUUAAAUCUAAAUAUGUGUGAUGUUUUACUUUAAUAAAUUAUCAAGGUGGAAUUCCUCCCCUGUUAA